AGGCUGUCAGCUUGUACAGCCCACAGACAGCCGGGCUGAGGGGCCAGAGGACAAGCUGUUUGAUGGCACCAUCAGAAUAAUAAUCCUAAUUCCUGCUCUCCCUCUCACAUUUCGUGUUCGCCCUCCCUCUAAUCCCAUCAGGAUUUACAUCCAGUCUUGCAGGCAGAGGGGACAGAUCUCUUUAUUUGCAGCUGCUCUGCUUGCAAAACAAAGCCCUGCUGCCUGCUAUACCAGCCUGGGCUCCGCAUCAUCGGAUACCGGCAUCUGACCCUCAUCGGACCGUCCAUCCUGACAAGAGCCUGGCCAUGGGCGACAAAGGAACCAGGUAAUUGCUGAUUGGACGCAGAGGGUGCGAGGGGCAAUCACUGAGGAGAUGGUCAUGGAACUGACUGGUGGCAGCAGUGAGGAGGCAGCAUCAUGUGGAAAUAUAGUAUUUAAGAAAGCCAGUCCUAAUGGAAAGCUCACCGUGUAUCUGGGGAAGAGAGACUUUGUGGAUCACGUAGAUGUCGUGGACCCUGUGGAUGGUGUUGUUUUGGUGGAUCCUGAAUAUCUGAAAGAAAGAAAAGUGUUUGUGACGUUGACUUGCGCCUUUCGUUAUGGCCGUGAGGACCUUGAUGUUCUUGGUCUGACUUUUCGCAAGGAUCUUUUUGUGGCCAACAUUCAAGCUUUCCCACCCGUCCCAGAAGAGAAGAAGCCACUGACGCGGCUGCAGGAGCGCUUGAUUAAGAAGUUGGGCGAGCAUGCCUACCCGUUCACCUUCGAGAUUCCACCAAAUCUCCCAUGUUCUGUCACUCUUCAGCCCGGCCCCGAAGACACAGGAAAGGCCUGUGGGGUGGACUAUGAGGUGAAGGCUUUCUGUGCUGAAACCCUGGAAGAAAAGAUCCAUAAAAGGAAUUCAGUACGAUUAGUAAUCAGGAAAGUGCAGUAUGCCCCAGAGAGGCCGGGACCACAGCCGAUGGCCGAGACCACACGACAGUUCCUGAUGUCAGAUAAACCUCUGCACCUGGAGGCAUCGCUAGAUAAAGAGAUUUAUUACCAUGGAGAGCCGAUCAAUGUCAAUGUCCACGUCACAAACAACACAAACAAGACUGUGAAGAAGAUUAAAAUCUCAGUGCGCCAGUAUGCCGACAUUUGCCUCUUCAACACGGCCCAGUACAAGUGCCCAGUAGCGGUGGAGGAAGCUGACAGUGACGUUGUAGCGCCCAGCUCCACAUUUUGUAAGGUCUAUACGUUGACUCCAUUCCUGGCCAACAACCGGGAGAAGCGCGGCCUGGCGCUGGAUGGGAAAUUGAAGCAUGAAGACACCAACUUGGCAUCUAGUACUCUGUUGAGAGAUGGAGCCAACAAGGAGAUCCUUGGAAUUAUUGUCUCGUACAAGGUGAAAGUGAAGCUGGUCGUGUCACGAGGAGGUGAUGUCGCUGUUGAGCUGCCAUUUACAUUGAUGCAUCCGAAACCCAAGGAGGAGCUGCUGCACCGAGAAGUUCCUGAGAGUGAAGCUCCUAUAGAUACAAAUCUCAUAGAGUUUGAUACAAACGAUGAUGACAUCGUCUUUGAAGAUUUUGCUCGUCAGCGACUGAAAGGGAUGAAAGACGACAAGGAAGAGGAAGACGAAGGGACGAACUCGCCUCCAGCGAAUGAUAGAUAAACAGGGACCUGUUGUACCUGAUCACCGUGUAAAACUUGUGGAUUGGGCACCUUUAUUUGUACUCUAAAGAGCCCCCCUAAAAAAGUAACCCAGAUUCUGGCAGCCCUUAUAAUCUUCUUGCUGUGCCAUAAUUGUCGAUCCGCAUCUCGCUACUUCUUUUCACUUCUGGCUAACACUAUCUUAAGCAAAAAAAUGUGAGAAUUUAGAGUACAAUCAUGAUUCGUGCAACCGAUUACUGUACGUAAGGAGUUCUUGUAGCACUUUUCUAUUAAUCAAGUCUUUUAUGCAUUUUGUAUAAUUACAGUAGAAUCAUACAAGUAUUUGUUACGGAAAACAAAAAGUUAGUCAAAAAAAUCAUAUAGCCUCAAAGGAAAUCAAAAGCUAAUGCGUUUUUUUACACACGGAAGCAUUCUCAAUGGCUACUGUAUUAACAUUUGUUAGUGAAACUGGUAAGAUCUAAUGGCACUUUAGCACAUUCAAAAAUUUAUUUCAUGACAAUUCAAAAACAGGAAGAGAAAUUUUUUGAUACAAAAAAGGACAAACUUUGUCUGAAUUUUAAGUGGCGAUAACUCUGUUCUAUUCUGAAGAGUUUUUUUGUCUUGGACAAGUAUUGAGUAUAAAGGGGUGGUCUUGGUAUUCUUACCUAUUGCUAGACUUGAGGUAAAGGGAAAUGGAGAAUUUAGAUUUUUUUAUUUCGAUCAAUAUUGGAUCACUCUUCAGGCAGAUAUCUAGGAAGGUCUGAUUUGGUCCAGUGGGUUCAUUUGUGAUCAAAUUCUUAUCAGCAAUAGAGAAUGGCUACUCAUAAAAGUGAACUUAUUCUUAACCCUGUGAAUUUUUUGGCAGUUUUUUUGUUUUUUAUGGAACCAAGUUAAACAGGGUUUCAUAAGAGGACUAUUUUAGAUGAUGCAGUCUCAAUAACUGGUUGUAUGAACGACUCAGAGUUCAUAAUCCAAUAUCGGAAUUUUAUCACAACAUUGAUUUAGGAAAUUUCAAUUUUGAUUUUUUUUAUUAAUAAUACCAUCGAAUCCUGCUUUACCUGCCUUUUUUGGGUCAAUUUCCAAAUAAACAUGUUUAAAUCAGGACCACAGCUAAACAAAAAAAUACAAUUCUCAAUAUUAAAAUUUGGAAGCACAGGUGAAGGCUUCACGAGAAAACAGUUUUUAACAUUCAUUUUUAAUUUUUAUCUCCGGCAGAGGAAGUGAGUGUAUCAUUUUUUUUAAUUGUCGUGAUCCAAAAAAAUAAAACAACAUACUGAGAUCAUGGGACAAAUAAAAGGCAAAAAUAAAGUUUAUUUUUAGAGUAGAGAGUUUAGUAGUAAAAUGGAAGAUAUUCUUAUUUUAUUAUUAUGAAUGUGUUAUUUGUCUAGGCCCGAACACAGACAUAGGAAAUUUACAGUCACUGUUUUUACAGUAAAAAUUCUAUUACAGUUUAGUUGUCCCAAUUUUAUUUUAUUUUUUUGAAUAUCAUAUCUAGAUUUUUUAAUCUUCUUGGAAGAAGUAUAAGAAGAUCCUGUAAUUUGUGAGUUUAUAAGCUUAGUGUUGUAUGAUAUUAUUUUACAGUUAUAAGGCCUAAACAUUGAUUCCCCUAUGGGCCUAUUAACAGCCCUACUCUUUUUCUCUAUUUUUUAUAUGAGUGGGGUCAGUUGCCGUCUUUAUUGGGUGAUAUCCUGAUGUGCUAUUUCAAUGUGAUAGGAACUGGAGUUGUGGGUAACUGUGAAAAUUAUGCACAUGUAGGUCACUGGGUCUUAAAGGGACUGUUCAUCUGGUAUUUUUUUAAGAUGGAUCAAAAUGGAAUAAAAAAACUAAAACAUAAGUCACACUCACUUGACUAAACCCAACACCAUCUGCCUGGUUGCACUUCCUGGGUAACGGCUAGUCUUUUUCCCCCUCUCAUAUAGUCAAGUGAUUGUCUGUGUGGUCCUUAUUGGAGUGUUGAGAGGGAUCAGGAAGUGGAAUAAGAGAGGUGGUGGUGAGCGGUGAGUAUGACUAUGUUUUUCUAACCCUUUACAAAAACAAUUACCGACAACCCCUUUAAAGAUCCAAUAAGGGAUCCAACUGGGAUCUUCUUUGAGAUCCAGUUUUUGAAAACUUACUGGGUCCUGAGUUGACAAGCAUUUAAGGCAAAUGACAGUGUCAUGCUCCACCCAAAAAACAAACAACUUUUUUUGGGGAGGAAGAAAAUUUUAUUUAUUAGACCUUGAAAAAAAAUAUUAUCAAUGGGAUGAUGCCUAUUUGAUCAUCUGCUCGUAGAAUAAGAAAUGCCAUUCCAAUUUUGGAAAAAUAAACCAAAAGUUAGGCGAGUGUUUUUCAAUAGACGCCAUCAGGGUAUAGUGGCAACCGGUCAUCAUCCAUAGGAUCGUCCCACAUUAUCUGCUGAACCCUAUGAAUUGCUUUUCGCUCAGUAUACAGCACUAAUUACAGCUUCAUAACUUAAUUUCGCUUUAUUUCCUGUGUAAAUAUUUUAUCUUUGUAUAAUGACUAUUCAAGUACGUUUUUCAUCAUAUGCAUAAGAUGUAUAUUUAGUAACAGUGACCAUAACUUGUGAACAUAGCUUCAUUUUUGUCAAAAUGAUUUUGUUUAUUUUUUUAUAGUUUUUAUUAGUUAAUAUUUUUAUUAUACUACUACUAAUUUGCACAGGAUUGUUUUCUUUAAAAUUGUUAAAUUAUGAUAGAAAUCAUAUUCAUGCUCGGAAAACACUGUUAUAUGGGAGCUAAGAUGGGGACUGAAUGUAUGUCUUUAUUUUUCUUUCCAUAAAAAUGUUCUUUCCAUAAUUCUAUUUUUUAUUUACCUAUUUUUUGUUUUAAUGCCAAAAAUUGGAACAUCCUCUGUACCUUUUUGAAGAUUCUUUCUCUUAAUCUGUACAUUAAGAGCUUUUAAUUUAUCAUGUAGGUGGAUUCUGUGAAUUAUUACAAAUUUUUUUAACAGCCCUGUAAAAAAUAGAAUAAAAAAAAUCAUCAAGCUAAAUUUAAAAAAUUGCCUAAAAAUGUACCUAAAUUUUCAGAGACGAAACAGAUUUAGGUUUCCACUUAAACUUAUUUACUAUUUUAUUAGCCUUUAAUAACACAUUUUUAGAUAUUCUGUUUUUAGUUUUCAGAAAAAAAUGGCCUAAAUGAAAAAAAUAAUGUCAGAAAUGUUUGAAAUUAUCUGCAAAAUAGAAUAUAAUACUCCUAAGAUCUUCCUUGGGUUCAUUUCUGCAAAUUAUACAAAAUGUUAGUAUAACUAUAUAUAUUAUAUAUUUGGGACAAAAAAAUCUGUAAGUUUUAAAGGACAAGGGACCAUGGAAGAAUUUUGAGUAAUUUUGGUAACAGGCAAACAACUUCUUGGAUGGGACUGAUAUUUAGUUAUUAUUGAAAUACCAGCAAAUUUUUUUGACCGAUUUAACAUGGAAAACGAGUAAAAAAAUUCAUAGUAAAAAAAUUGGGAUAAUAAUUGAAUGUUUUUGAACAACUGCUCUGAUAAAAAUAUGUCGGAAUAUUACUUUUUGCACUAAAUGUGAGUUAGGCUGAGGUGCAGUACCAAGUACAAGCACUGUAUGGAUAGGGUCUAUAUCUGGAUAUUUGAUGAAGGGACUGUGCCUCCAUUCUGCUGAUCUUUGGCAGAAAAUUCAAAGUAUCAUAAUAUGAAAAUUGGACAAACUCAUAUAAAUAAUACUGGAAAGGAAUAUUUUAAUGAGGGGCUUAACAUUAAUUGCUUAGCCAUGGCCACUGUAACUGGGACUGUAACUUUUUUUCUUUUAAUAUAAAAAUUUGGUUAAUUGCAUAAAAAAUAGACAGAUAAUUUGGCAAAUAUCAACAUUAGUUUGUGGGUCCAUGGUAAUAAAAAGAGAAAUUCUAAACUUAAAAAUAAAAAAAAUAAACAUUAACAAAAACCUUUUAACAUUUUCUAUGAAAAACAAAAUGGAAGUUUUGUCAAAUGAUCGGAAGGAAAACUCUCAAUUAUGGAAAUUUGUGACAUUGAAAUAGGUGAUAAUCCUUUAUUGCUAUAAUGGAAAUUAUAAUGAUUUUAAAUUUAUUAUCUCUUUGCUCCAUCGGAAUUAUUUAAAUUCUUUUUUUUUACUUUUAAUGGAUCGUUGGUGGAAUCAAUAAAUACAAUGCUAAUUUUUUGCUCAUUUCUGAUUCAUUCAGAAUCUCUGUGAAAUACAUUUUCAUGGCGAUCUCAAUGUUUUAUAUUGUACCUUUUGAAAUGUGAAGAGGGAGCGGCCGGAAACUGAAGGAAGUUCUCCAGUCAAAAAUACAUUUCUGGAGAACGUUCAUAACCUUCGGGAAGCGGGGUCAGUAUAAAAAAAAAUUGUAUUUUAAGUUUUCAGCCCCUUUAGAGUUUUUCAAAAGAAUCUCAUUUUUUUUCCAUUAGUCACUGGCCAUCUACAGAAGACCCACAUCCUCUCUACUGGACACCUUGGAGAGAUUUGGGUCCGGUGGAUGGUAUGGUGGUUGCCCCUAGCCCCUUAGCCACUACAUUAUAGGAGGCAGAGGAGGCAUUUACUUUCUAAUGGGGUUUUAGAGCGAAGAAUUAAGAUAUUUUCAGCUUUCAUCCUGAAGAUUAACAAUGUUCUCCAGUUGAUUCAUCUUGGCCCGAGAACAUUUUUGAAGAUACCGGCUCUUCCUCCAGACUGAGCACUGUGAAUAGAAAUGUGCUGCAUAUAAAUACAACAUCCUUAAAUUGACAGUACAUUUAUUCUUAGCAUGAAAAAAAAAAUCAUAAUUACAUUUGUCCAACACACAAAAAUUGUGAAAAUUUUGAGUAUUUUUAAACCAAAGUGUCAGAUGCUGAUACUCCUCAGCAAAAUCAUCUAAAUCAUCUAGGGAAGGAUCUGUCCAUUAUUUGUCACUUUGGCUCUUUUGCUCUGAUUUCAUUGGUUGUCAAUUUUUUUGAUGGAUUUAGUACAACUAUUUUAUAACUUUCUUUUGGAGACCAUUAUUUUAAAUUAUAGGGGAAUUCUACAAAAAGAAAAAAAAAAAAAUCCCAAAACUAUCAUAUUAUGUAUAAGACAGGGGUAUGCUUGGCUGCAUGUAUACUCCAGCCAAUCAGCAUCCAAAUGUUAAACAAAUUCAAAAAGAUUCCCAAUCUACUUGAAUAUGGGAUUUAUUUUUUUUUUACCAGAAUUCCUUGUCUCGCUAUUUUAUGUCUCUGUUACUUUUACCUUCUUUUUGAUCAUUGAAUCACCCCCCAUCCUGGUCAUAAUGCGAUGCAGCUGAGCCAUCCCAUGUAUCCAGGGGCCCGGCUGUGACUCCAGGUGGUGACCACCAGAACUGUCCAUGGAGUUGAGGUUGACUAUGAUAAUUUAUCUUGGUGCCGCUCCCUCCAGUGGGUUAUGACAUUGAGUGUUUUCCGCCCCUGGUAGGAAUCCUGUUUUUUUUUUUCUGUAUGAUCCUGUGCGAUACUCUUUGUAAAGUACUUUGUACGUUUUAUUCCUACAGCUUCUCAGUUCUCUAUGUUGUGACUACGUUGUUUCAGUAUGUCGGGUAAUUCAGAUUAUUAUAGUUUAUUAAACUCAGAAGUCAGAAA